AUGCAGCGUGGGAAACUCUUGGAUCCCCCGUCAGACACAAGCAGCACUCCAGAAAACCACAAAAGAAGCCAUGAAUGCUCAGAGUGUGGAAAAACCUUUGCUUGCCAGUCCCUCCUUUUGACCCACAGGAAGUGUCUGGAAUGUGGGAAAUCUUUCAGUAAAAAAGCCUAUCUCAGAGAUCACGAGAGAAUUCACACAGGGGAGAAACCUUACAAGUGUUGGCAGUGUGGGAAGAGCUUUCCUCGGAAGUCAGAUCUUUGGAUCCAUGAGAAGAUCCAUGCAGGAAUCAAAUCUUACAAAUGCUUUGAGUGUGGAAAAUGUUUCACCCACAGUUCAACUCUUCGGAAUCAUUGGAAAACACACACAGGGGAGAGAAAGGAAAAGUGCCUCGAAUGUGGGAGAUGUUUCGCGUGGAAAUCAAACCUGGUGCGACAUCAGAGUCUUCACAAUAUCGACAGACCCUACAAAUGCCCAGAAUGUGAGAAACGAUUUGUAAACUCUUCUGAACUUCAAAGACACCAGGAAUGGCACAAAGGAGAGCUACCGUAUAAAUGUGGGGAGUGUGGGAAAAGUUUUAUUACACCAACCCAUCUUCAGAUUCAUCAGAGAAUCCACACAGGGGAGAAACCAUACAAAUGUGGGGAGUGUGGGAAAUGCUUUUCCCAAAAAUGCCACCUUGGAAGGCAUCAGAUGGUCCACACAGGGGAGAAGCCGUACAGAUGCGUAGAAUGUGGGAAAUCCUUUGGUUAUAAGGAGGUACUUUGGAAACAUCAGCAAAUUCACACGGGGGAGAAGCCCUUUCAGUGCCUUGAGUGUGGAACAUUUUUUCGCAUGAAAUCAGGCCUCAGAUGUCACAUGAAAGUUCACACAGGGGAAAAAAACUACAAAUGUUUAGACUGUGGGAAAGCAUUUGCUCGGUCAUGUACCCUCAGAAGCCACAGCCGAAUCCACACAGGAGAGAAGCCCCAUAAAUGCUCGGAGUGCGAUAAAUGCUUUUCCCGGAAAUUCACUCUUUUGAAGCAUCAGCAAAUCCACACGGGAGAAAAAACAUAUAAAUGUCUGGAACGCGGAAAGUGUUUUGCCCAUUCUUCAGCACUUUGCAUGCACACCAGAAGUCACACAGGAGAGAAGCCUCACAAGUGUGCAGAAUGUGAUAAAAACUUUUCAUUGAAGGUCCAUGUGGGAAGCGGAUCCAGUCAGGAUUUGGAGGGUGAGAAAUCCUUUUCUGGAAAAGAUCCCAAAGAUCCCAAAAGCCCCGCCAGACUAAAACCCCAUAAAUGUGAGGAAUGUGAUUUAUGCUUUGGUCAAAAGUCAGACCUUCUUAGACAUCAGAAAAUCCACACUGGAGAGAAACCUUAUCAGUGUGUGGAAUGUGGUAAAUUUUUCCGUGACAAAGCCACCCUCAGAAUCCACGAGAGAAUUCACACAGGGGAGAAACCUUACAAGUGUUGGGAAUGUGGGAAGAGCUUUUCUCAGAAUUCAUAUCUUUGGCGCCAUGAGAAGAUUCAUGCAGGAAUAAAACCUUACAAAUGCUUUGAGUGUGGGAAAUCUUUCACCCAGAGUUCAGGUCUUCGGACUCAUGAGAAAACACACAGAGGGGAGAAAAACGAAAAGUGCUUCGAAUGCGGAAAAUGUUUUUCCACGAAAUCAAAUCUGGUCCGACAUCAGCGAGUUCACACCGGAGAGAAACCCUUUGAAUGCCCAGAAUGUGAGAGACGAUUUAUGUUUCAUUCUCCGUUUCAGAGGCACCAGAAGGAGCACAAAGGGGAGAAACCCUAUAAUUGUGGGGAAUGUGGGAAAGAUUUUCUUACACAAAGAGAGCUUCAGAUUCAUCAGAGAAUCCACACGGGGGAGAAGCCAUACAGAUGUGUGGAGUGCGGUAGAUGCUUUUCCCAAAAACAAAACCUUGGAAGCCAUCAGAGGCUCCACACAGGAGAGAAGCCAUACAGAUGCGUAGAAUGUGGGAAAAGUUUUGGACACCAGGGGAACCUUUGGAGCCAUCAUAACACCCACAGAGGGGAGAAGCCAUAUCAGUGCAACGAAUGUGGAAGAUUUUAUAGCACCGCAUCAGCCCUUAAAAUCCAUGUGAAAAUUCACACAGGGGAGAAAAGCUACAAAUGUUUAGACUGUGGGAGAGCAUUUGCUCGGUCAUGUACCCUCAGAAGCCACAGCCGAAUCCACACAGGAGAGAAGCCCCAUAAAUGCUCGGAGUGCGAUAAAUGCUUUUCCCGGAAAUUCACUCUCUUGAAGCAUCAGCGAAUCCACACGGGAGAAAAAAACAUAUAA